AAAUUCCUUACAUAAAAAUUCCUCUUUCAUAUUAUGGCGUUUUUAUAACCAGUAUACCUCUCGUUUCUCUAUUUGUGUGCUUAAUAUUGGGCCUCUAUCAAAAUUUUGAUGAAGUGACAGAAGCUAAUUGUGGGGUGACUGAAUUUUUUCCCAGUAUAAGUGCAAUAACUGGCAUAAUUCCUGGGCGAUUUAUUUGGAGAUUUGCACUUGCUCUCCAUUCAACCCCAAGGAUUAUACCAUGGUUACUUUAUGUAAGAUUAUAUAAGACAUUUCGCACCGUUACCACAAACAAAAUCAUAUUCAAAAUAAUUGUUCAAGUGUGCUUAGCAUCUUAUCUUUUUGAUAAUUUAUUUUUGCUUGCAAUCUCCAUCGUGGCAAAUGUUGAUUACUACAGAAACAAUUUAUCUUUGCCACUAGUCUUACAUGAGCGUAUUUUUGUCCUGUUUCUUGUAUCUUCGUCUGUUUACAUGAUUACAACUUUAUAUCUGCACCAUCGGCUUAAGGCCGACAAUAUUGGCAUACUAUUGGUAAUAUUUAUUUCCUUUGAUAAAUGA